CUCCUGGCUAAAGGACGGAGAACGCCGCCCCGGAGCCUGUGGGUUCCCGCGCGUCCUGAGACUCUGAGGCCUCGCACGCCCGCGAUCCCGUAGCAUGGCCGUCAAGAAGAUCGCGAUCUUCGGCGCCACCGGCAACACCGGGCAAACCACCCUGGCGCAGGCGGUGCAAGCAGGUUACGAAGUCACCGUGCUGGUGCGCGACCCCUCCAGGCUGCCAAAGGAGGGGCCCAAGCCAGCCCAUGUGGUGGUGGGUGACGUCCUGCAGGCAGCCGACGUGGACAAGACCGUGGCCGGCCAGGAUGCCGUCAUUGUGCUGCUGGGCACCGGCAACGACCUCAGUCCCACCACCGUGAUGUCCGAGGGCACCCGGAACAUUGUAGCAGCCAUGAAGGCUCACGGCGUGGACAAGGUCGUGGCCUGCACAUCGGCCUUCCUGCUGUGGGACCCGGCCAAGGUGCCCCCAAGACUGCAGGACGUGACCGAUGACCACAUCCGGAUGCACAAGGUGCUACAGGAGUCUGGGCUGAAGUACGUGGCGGUGAUGCCGCCACACAUUGGCAGUCAACCGUUCACCGGGGCCUACUCGGUGACCACAGAUGGACGGGGGACCUCCAGGGUCAUCUCCAAACACGACCUGGGCCACUUCAUGCUGCGCUGUCUGACCACGGACGAGUACGACGGGCAUACUGCCUACCCCUCGCACCAGUACGACUAGCACUCAGGCCCAUUAGGGAGGGUGGCGUUCCGGGAAAGGAGACAGCAAGGAAGGGAGCAAUAAAUCCUGAGCCGAGAGCUCCCGAUAAGUGUA